AUCACAGAAGCAAGGCGGACACCAGGACGAGACCAGGAUACAUAUACGUAUGCACUCAAGUCAGACGGGCUUCAUGACCUGCAGAUCACCAUGGCAGACAAGUUGAUCCCAUUCUCGCCCGCAAGGCCGGCGCCUGUCUGGCAGACAAUCUUGCUUGUCCGUCCAUGGAGUCGCGAUCUCCUUGAGUUGCAUGACCCUGUGGACGAUACACACAGCGUAGAAGAUUGGUCCAUGCCCGAAUCUCCGUCGCAUGAUUCACUCCCUGUACAAACUGAGCCGAUUCAUUCAGAUUCUCACUCGCUAGCAUUGCGAUUGAUUGUCCGCCUUGGACAACCUUUUGGUGCGUUUUUGCUAGCGCGGCAGCGCAACGGAGAAUUCAAGAGGAUCGCGUCGGAUCAUGAUAUCAUUGCACAAGUCAAAGACAUGACUUCUGUUGACAGCAUGACGGACAUCAGGACACUAGAGAUAGUGUAGCUGUAUAGAAUCUCUUAAAGAUCUCCAAGCGGUUUUCGUUUGUACCUUGACGAUCAAACAUGUGUAUUCUAUCCCGGGCAAGCCCACUUGGCAGAUGUUCCUACUUGUCCGUCCAUGGGAUCAGUAUCUCCUCGGGGUACCUGACUUUGCAGAGCAGCCUGACCUCGCAGACGAUACGGAGAGCAUAGGAGAUUGGACCGAGCCCGAGUCCUCGAUGGACGA